CAGACGUAGGUAUAAAAUGUGACUGACCAAAUACCGAAGUCACAUCUUUAACACUGCCACCAGAAGCGAAAACCCGGACUGUGAUGACCAUUCCCUUGAAAUGACACGGAACAGCUGAAGCUAGCGCUAUGGUCGCUUCUAGCGCGCCCUCGCCACCAUGGCCGAUGAAGAGAAAAUUCCCCCAACUUUUCUCGAGAAACUUCUAUUCUACACAACAGCCAGCUUCGUUCUGCUUGCCACGUUUAGCCUUUUCGCCUUCUUAUUCUUAGUACCGUUCGUCAUAGAGCCUGCCUUCACCACAAUAUUUAUGCAGUUUGAUCCAGUAGCGGCAUUAUGUGUAACCGCCUCAGUGAAACACUUAGUCGGAGUCAGCAACUGCUCCUGGGCAUCGUGUAGAGAAGGUUGCACUAAAGACCUUUUUGAGUGUACCCAAAUAAGAGUCAACUAUAAACUCGGUUACGACGCAAAUAUUACGGCCACAGAGUAUGAGAACCUGAUCAGAGUGGAGAGAGCUUUGCGGAAAGACUACGAAUACGAGAACUACGAGACGGUAGCUGAGAAAAACUAUCCAGACAUGGCUGAAGAACAGGAGCUACCAGACGUACCGCCGACUGGAUUACAAGGGAACGAUUCCGAAUGGUAUUUCACUGGUGCACGUCUCUUUCCAAACGUAAAAGGGUGUGGUUACCCACCCAUUUUGAAUUGCACCGUAUUCUAUGGCAAGUACAGGCCUUUAGGUACGAACUAUUCAUGUUACUACAGCAGAGUAGACCCAGGAUUAGUAAUCACCGAGUUGGAUAUGUGGCAGAACACCUUGAAUUUAGUUUACGCUAUGGCGAUACCUAUUCCAUCGUUCAUAAUAUCAGUGAUAUACUUGACAUUUGCAUACUUCAAAAUCUAUAAUACAGAGGAGGAAUCAGAGCAGGCACCGUUGAAGAACGACGCGGAGGCGAUGGCGAUUGGAGACGAUGAGAAGCCGACUACUCCUGGAUCUGACACGUUCAGGGAGGAUUUGGCUGUAUGUUUUGGCAAUCAACUCAAGAUGCAGUUAGCUAACGAGAAGCCGAAGGAAGGCUUCGAGUCCAAUAGUCCACCAAUUUCCAAUUCAGCAUCUCUAUCUGGGUAA